CUUCUAUAAUUACUUCUCCAGGCAAACUACCUGAAAUUUACUGCAUCCUAAUUUCCUUUUGGAACAUCAUCUGAAAGCAAAGAUGGAAAACCACACCAGGAUAAGUGAGUUUGUUUUGGUUGGGUUCAGAUCCCACCCAGGAUCACAACUCCUUCUCUUUGUUCUCUUCUCCUCCAUGUACAUUGUCACUGUAGUGGGAAAUGUCUGCAUGAUACUCAUCAUCAGGAUGGACUCCAACCUGCACACCCCAAUGUACUUCUUCCUAGAGAACUUGUCCACCUUGGACAUCUGUUAUUCCUCUGUCAUCACUCCCAGGGCAGCACUGGCAUUCUUACUGGGCAGAAGAAGCAUUUCCUACAAUGGCUGUGCUUCACAAAUGUUCUUCUUCUCUCUUUUUGGUACAACAGAAGCCUUCUUCCUUGCUGUGAUGGCUUAUGAUCGCUUCACUGCCAUCUGCAAUCCACUGCUCUAUCAAGUCAUUAUGAGCAGAAGGCUUUGUGUUCUCAUGGUGAUGGGUUCUUACCUGUCAGGCUGCAUCAACUGCACCAUCCAGACAGGCUUCACGUUCAGUUUGUCCUUUUGUGGGCACACAGAAAUAAACCACUUCUUCUGUGAUGUUGCUGCAGUGAUCCAAGCCUCCUGUUCCAACACACUCGUCAAUGAGCUCGUAAUGCUGGCUGUGUGUGGAUCAAUAAUUGUGGGCACUGCCUUGGUGGUUUUUAUCUCCUAUGGUUAUAUAAUCAUCACUAUCUUCCAAAUGCCUUCAGCUGAAAGCAGGCACAAGGCCUUCUCCACCUGCUCUUCUCACAUGGUGACAAUCUGCUUGUUCUUUGGGACAGUCUUCUUCAUGUAUGCUCAGCCUGGAGCCACAUCUUCACCCAGCAAAAGCAACACCAUCUCCAUCUUCUAUACUAUUGUUAUUCCCAUGCUAAACCCUUUCAUUUACACCCUCAGAAACAGGGAGGUAAAAGGGUCUCUGAAAAAACAGUUAAAAAGGAAAGGGAUUUUUUAGCAUGUUUACUGAGGGUGAGAAUGAAUAUAAGUGUCCAAUUUGGUAUGGACAGAUGCUUAGAAUGUAAAAUAAAGGACAUCAGGACUUGCUUUAAAGAGUCCUUUGUGUUUCUAGAUGGUCAGUUGUGGAGAGGGCCCACAGUGGGCUGAGGGUCAGAUGGAAGAGUUAACAGAAGAGAAGAAGCCAGCAGGAUUUGUAUGUUUGUGAGAAGAAGAGAAAGAAGAUAAAGGUAGAGAAAACAAAAAACAUAUGUGCUGCAAAAACCACCAUGGAAAACCAAGAUCUAUCUGGAUUUUGGAUUUUUGGGGAUACUUUCUCCAAACAGUGCUUCCACCAAUGGACUUGAGGGCUG